UUGAUCGAAGACGCGAGCGUGACGCUGGUGCCGGGAAGACGAUACGGCCUGAUCGGGCGAAACGGUAAGGGAAAGUCGACGCUGUUGAAAUUCCUCGCCGCGCGAAGAGUCGAAGGCAUCGACGAGUCGUACAGCGUGCACUACGUCACGCAAGAGGUCGAGCUGACCGCGGAAGAAGAAGAUAUGCUCCCCGGAGACGUGGUUUUGCGCGCAGACCUGCAGCGGUGGUUGCUUCUGGAGGAGCAGAUGAAAUUAGAAUCGAGCGAAGACGCGCUCGCGGUGGCGCGUUUGCAAGAGGUCAACGGCAUGCUCGACGCCAUCGGGUCGGCGAGCGCUCCCGCGCGCGUCAGUGUGCUGCUGAAAAAUCUCGGGUUUUCCGACGCUCUCAUCGCGAGGCCGAUGAAAGCGCUCAGCGGGGGAUGGCGAGUGCGCACGGCGCUCGCGGCGGCUUUGUUCGCGCAGCCUGACAUUCUGUUUCUCGACGAACCGACAAACCAUUUGUCGAUUUCGGCGGUGAUGUUUUUGAGUCGCGAGUUGUCGACAAAUUCCGUGUGGUCGUCCCGAAUCAUCGUCACCGUUUCGCACGACCGUCACUUUCUUGAUGAGGUCACGACGGACUCCAUGCACAUUUCUGGCGCCGCGAAACGGCUUUCAUCGCAUCGCAUGCCGUACAGCGCGUGGGCCAAGAAAAGACGCGAACAGCAGCUCGCGUUGAAGCGACGCGUAGAACAGAGGCAAGAAAAAAUAGAUAAGCUGAAAGAGUUCGCCGGACACGGGUUCAGAUACGGCGGAAGCUCGUCGGCGAUUAACAUGAUGAAGAAGAAAGAGCUCGAGGCGAAGAAGCUCGAGCUCGAGGCGGGAGACGAGGCGAGCCUGAUGGCGGAUCUCGAGGAAGACGCCGAGCUCGCGCUCAAUCUUCAAGCGGGUGGAGAGCUUCGUCAAAAUAUCGUUCGCUUCGACGGCGUAUCUUUCGCGUACCCGGGUGGCGACGAGCUCUUCGCCGACGUCGACUUGAGCGUGGAUUCAAAGUCACGCGUCGUCUUACUUGGGGAAAACGGCCAAGGGAAGACGACGAUGGUAAAAAUCAUCACGGGCGAGUUGGAGCCCACGAGCGGGUUGGUGACGCGCGAUCGCGGCGCGCGCGUGUGCUUGGUGAACCAGCACCACGCUGAGCAGCUCGCGUACGAUAAAACGCCGCUGGCUUUCAUGCUCGACGCUUUUCCGGGAGAUGGCAGUUACAACCACGAACAAAAGCUUCGAAGUCAUCUCAGUGGAUGCGGCGUUCUCACCGAGUUGCAAAACGUCCCGGCGCUCGCGCUCUCCGGCGGGCAAAAGUCGCGAGUCGCCAUGGCGGCUGUGUCGUUUCAGGCGCCACACUUGAUCAUCCUCGACGAGCCGACGAACAAUUUAGAUCUCGAGUCGUGCGAAGCUUUGGCGGAAGCUAUCGAAAAUUUCAAAGGAGGCGUCGUGUUGGUGAGUCAUGAUCAAUACUUUGUCGAGCGCGUCGCGAAAGAAGUCGUCGUCAUCGAAAACGGCGCCGUCAAGCGUCUCGAG